AUGAGCAUCCCUGCGUCAUUCAAAGCUGCCGUGGUCCCUGAACCAUUUGCGCAGCACCGUAUUGAGGACCGGUCGCUCCAAGCCCUUCAACCAAGCUAUGUGGCGAUCAAGAUCACCGCCACCGCCAUCAACCCUGUCGACUGGAAGAUCCGCGACUACAAUGCCUUCAUAAAGGAGUAUCCAGCCGUUCUCGGCUCCGAUGCCGCCGGUGAAGUCGUCGCCAUAGGAUCCGAUGUUACCAGUCUCAAGGUCGGCGAGCGUGUUUUCUUCCAAGGAAUCAUCGGCAACUACGACGCCUCAACCUUCCAGCAGUACUGCUCCAUGCCCGCAGAGCUGGUUUCAAAGACCCCUUCCAACAUAACCGACGACCAAGCAGCUGGAAUUAGUCUCGCGACUGUGGCAGUUGUAACUGCCCUGUACGACCAGACGGGCCACGGCAUCACCCCACCAUGGGCGCCCAACGGCAACAAUGCUGGAAAGGAUCAAGCUAUUGCCAUCAUUGGCGGUUCUUCCAGCGUGGGACAGUAUGCUAUCCAGCUUGCACGUCUAUCUGGAUUCACGCGGAUCAUUACCAAUGCCAGUGUGGCGCACCAUGAGUUCCUAAAAAGUCUCGGCGCGCACAUUGUCCUAGAUCGCAAGGCGGCGACCGCGGAUGAGUUCAAAGCUGCGAGUGGAACACUUCCGCUGCGAUAUGUGUUCGAUACCAUCUCUGGUCCGGAAACACAGGCUUUGGGUGUUCAAAUCGUUGAGGCGAGCGGGGUUGGAGAAAAUGUGGUUGUGGUGCAGAGCGCCAACGAGGAAGCAAAGAAGUUGGGUGAGUCUAAGACGCCUCAAGUCAAUAUCAAGAUGGUUCUGGGCUUGGGUAGUAACCCAGCUCUGCGACAUUUGAGCGAGCCAAUGACUCGCUAUCUUGGUGGUGAGGAUGGAUGUAUUGCUAAGGGAUUGUUUGUCCCUAACCGGGUGCGAGUCGUUGAUGGUGGCAUCGAGGCUGUGGAGGCAGCUUUGAAAUUGAAUAAGGAUGGUGUAUCUGGUGAGAAGGUUAUCUUCCGCCCAAAUGCUUGA